UGUCUCUGCUCAUUAGUGCGGCUUUAAUUUCGGCUAUUGUUCCUGUCCCAUGUUGUUCGGUUUUCCGGUUUAUGGUUUCGGAUACUGGCUUUGGCUGUGCCUCUGCUGCGGCUGCGGCUGGGGCUGCGGCUGCUUAUGGUGUUUCAUUAAAUUUGCAUCCUCUGCAAUUUGAAUAUAAUUCAAGUGGGCUGCUGCUCCUCCACCACUGCCACUCACACCUAGUGCCAGCUGCUAGAAAUCAUUCCUCUCUGGCCAUUCCGGAGGCCCUUGACUGAUUCUGAUUUAUCAGUUUUCGAGUCAGAAGAGUUCACUUUGAGGUGAAAUUGUAAAUAGGACAUAUGAAUCAAUGUAUUGUAUUUGUUUGUUUCGAGAUAUGCUAAUUGUAGCUUUCAUUUUGCGAGUCUCCUUGUGGAGUUCCGUGGCUGAGGCUAGACGCGGGGUCGUGGCCGACCUGCAUGACAGGUCCUUCGAGAUGCUAAUCGCCGGCGGCCAUCUACCGGACAGUUCGUAUCUGGUGAGGCACAUCGUCUCCAUACGAACCCUCAACUACAUCGAGUUCAGAGGCGACAACCACUUCUGCAGCGGCAUCCUGCUCAGCAGUCGGGCAGUGUUGACAGCCGCCCACUGCGUCACUGACUGGUUCAAGGCCCCCAUGAACCCGAGGGCCCUGCUGAUUGUGUUCGGAAGUAGACUGCGCCUGGCCUUCUACGACGUCGCCGAGUGCCGACGCGUGGACCGUCUGGUGUUGCAUCCCGAGUACAAGCGCUACAAGGAGAACGAUCUGGCCGUGCUGCAGCUCAGUCAACGCAUCCCCAGCAACAUGCGCCACGUGCGACCACUGGUGACUCGUGACAGCUCCGGCUUCGCCACCGCGGGCAAGCGCUGCAUCACCAUGGGCUGGGGCCAGGUGUAUCCGCACGGCCCCUACUCGAAUCAAAUUCUCGCGCUGGAUGUCCUGAUUCGUAACCACAGUUUCUGCGAGGGAAAGAUCCCGUCAUACAACAGAGCCGGGCAUCUGUGCGCUGAGCCCGAUGCCGACGGCGAGUUCUGUCCUGGCGACAUGGGCGGACCCCUGAUAUGCGAGGACUGGCUGGCCGGAAUCAUUGGCGGCUCCCACCUCUGCGAGGGCGGCAAAGCCAUGAAGUUCACAAAUUAUAUGCAUCACGAAAAGUGGAUCCAAAAGACGGUUCUCGCUCUGACUGCGCAGGCAGCCGAUCCCUUCUCUCCAACUAACACGCUUUCGCUGUUGCUACUCUCCCAAUUGUUCAGCCUCAUAAUUCAAUUGAAUAGAAUCUAAAUCUUGAUCUGCACGGAAGAAAGAACUUGGCCAGCAGGGAAUUCUGUCCAGUUCAGCCACAAUCCCAGGUGCUGGAGUUAAAGGAGCCCCUAUACCGAGUCAGCAGCACUGGGGAUGUCAUCAUUUACAUUUGAUAAAAUUCCAGAGUUAAAUUCUGAAA